AUGGCUAUGCAUCUUCAGCGAACCAAAACGUUAUGGCCGAGACCGCAAGAGGAGGGUACGGGAGCUGCUCAAGUCUUAGUCCCUCCACCCGAUACAACUCUAUUCACCGGAGAGCUUGGAGCGACAGCCCAAUCCUCCGGCAACCUCCCUACCGCCAAUUUCGAGGAGAGAAACUCACAGCUUAAUAUACCACUACCGCAUACAAAGCUGCGAGACUCCUCCGUGUUAGGCCCUAGCAGUCUCAAGCGUCGCGCUGCAGUGCUUCAAGUAGGCGUACCGACUGCGCGUACGCUAAGCCAUAACGUGGUCAUUGUGAAAAAGCGCGUCUGGGACCUCUAUCAACCUAUCGACUAUCCGGUGAAUCAGGGGCACAAGGUGCACACGAGCAUGUUCCUCUGCCGUAGAAAGAAUUCAAGCAGCGACACCGAUAAAUUGUAUGUGAUACAGGAGCAGAAAUCAUUCGAAACUGGAAGACUACUUCACUUUUCUAAGCCCAAAUCACAAUAUCUCGUCGAGCUUUACGGAGCAUUCACGAUGCACGGUACUCUAUGGACAAUUUAUGAAGAGAUGGACCUCUCUUUGGAACAAGUCUUAGGUUUGCGGUGCGGUCCGUGGACGAUUCAUCCAGAACGUAAGCACAACCAAAUAGGAUCUAUCGCUUACCAGGCAAGCGAUUCCCCAGCGCUCUCGUAG